UUUUCCUUCUUCCAGCCCCGACACUCGUGGUGUCAUGUCUUUUCCUUUUGGUCCCCAAAGAGGAUAGUCAAUUUUCGGAAUCAUAUAUAUUUUUGGUUGUAUUGUCCUCAAACAUUCAAAUCCUUCAGCAAAACAUGCCUUUCGAAACUGACUAUGAUCUUUUAACUGCAAUGUACAUCAAAAAACUAAACUUAUUCUCCUAAUUCCUAAAACUACAACCACUGACAUGAUCAUGAAUCUUGGCGUGGUUUUUUGUUGACAACGCCCUGAAGAAUUCCGUUAGCUAGGCUGUGCUUCAAGGUGGAAGGGUCAACAGGAUCGCCUAACUGGAAGGAAACUGAGAAGUCUCCUGACGGACAUAGAUUUCGUGUUCGCAUCUCGAACACCAUAUUCUGGGUUUGAACCUUUUCCUGCCCUGUGUUUGUAACUCCUUUAACUGUAAUGGUCCCAUCGCCUUGGAUAUCAAAUUUAAACUCUGCAGAUUAUAGAAAAGUGUUACUUAAUUUGUACUCUGGGGAGAGGUGAGUUGCAGACAUUGCACACCCUUAUUUUGGUUUUUCUGGUUGACUCACCAAGCCGCUGAAUGGUUGGCUUCUUCCUUUGCGCAUAGUAUGCAUUUUGCAUUCAGAUAUGCACAUAAACAAGCUGGAUGCAAGGAUUUUAGUUUUUGUAUCUGAUGUCUGGCUCGAAAAUCAGAUCCCACCCAUCUUUGGCUGAUCAACCUCCAAUUGCUGUCGCUCCCCUCAAUUGUAUCCCAUACACCGGCCCACCUCUAGAUCAUUUUGAUACUGAUAUGGCAGAACAGAAUGGUGUCAUCCUGCCUAUGAAGAAACUGCCAGCAAUGGUUUUUCUGCCUCAGCAAACCACUGAGAAAGAAUUUAAAGAUAUUUUGUCAGUCACUAAAUAUGGAGUAGCUGUUUCGGGGAGUGCUGCAAGCGGGCAAAUAGGUCCACUUAUCGGGGCACAUGAUAUUUCUGAAUCAGAUGAUGGUUUUCUGUUUCGUGUUGCUCUCCCAGGUGUCCAGAAUGAUGAAAAGUUUAAAUUUGAUAUCCAAGGCGAUGGAACGAUUACAAUUCAAGGAGUUACAAACACAGGGCAGGAAAAGGUUCAAGCCCAUAAUAUGGUGUUCGAGAUGCGAACACGAAAUCUCUGUCCGCCAGGAGACUUCUCAGUUUCCUUCCAAUUAGGCGAUCACGUUGACCCUUCUACCUUGAAGCACACCCUAGCUAACGGCAUUCUUGAGGGCGUUGUCAACAAAAAACCGCGCUAAGAGUCAUGAUCGUGUCAUUGUUUGUAGAUUUAGGAGAAUAUGUUCAGUUUCUUGAUGUACAUUGCAGUUAGAAGAUCAUAGUCAAUUUCGAAAGGCAUGUUUUGCUGAAGGAUUUGAAUAUUUGAGCAACUUGAUUUUUUUUUUCUUUUGGGAAGGUCCCUGAGGAUUUUCUUGUUGUAAGGUCUGUCCUGUUAAUUAUGCCAUUUUUGGCUCUUUGAAACAAUAGAAGGUACAAGACAGAUUUAGGAUUGAAACA